AUGACCAUCACCAUCCCGAGCCAUCCCUCGCCCCAGUUCACCCUCAACCCGCCCUCCCCACUCCAGCCUCGUGCCCAUCCCAAAGCCGUCUUAUCGCCCGUCCUCCUCUCGGAGAAGCCCCGGAAGAAGGAUUUCCCGAGCGUGGCCAAGCUGCUCGACGGGCUCAGCUUCCAGGAUGAAACCCAUCCGGACUUCAUCCUGCGCGCCGCCCGAUUCAAAGCUAAGGCCAAUCCGCUCAUCCAUCGUUCCUCGCUCAUCGACCCUCCCACCCUCCACGUUCGCUCGUCUAUCGACGCCUCCAGCCCUAUUAGCAGUCCUCUUACGCCAACCAACACCCUCUCACCAUCGAUAGUCGCGCCCCCCUCCCCGUCGAUACCCCUCAUCCUCCAGAGAACAUCAUCUGACUCUACCACCACCACCACUGCUACUACCUCACCCAUAACUCCGUUCUCACCCUCCUCCACGUCCAACGGCUUCCAUGCAGUCAGUAGCCCUGACCACCAAGCACCUAUCAGCUCCCGCAAACGUCCGUAUAAUCCAUCUGAGCAGGAUGAAGAGGACAGUGAUGAAGAGAAGAGCGAGUCUGAGAGUGAGCGGGCUGCGGGUCAUCCGACGUUCGGUCUGGGGAUCGAUUGGCAGGCCGGACUCAUCACACAGUCCAGAAGACCCCACGCCGAUCCCGAGCGGCCCCUCGCCCGUCCCUCCCAUUUCUGGCGAACCAAACUCCCCCUCGACCCUCCUGCUGAUCAUCGUCUGACUGAGAAGACCCAUAUCGCCGCGCAUGAAAGCCAGUUCAUCGGCUUGAUGGCCUCCAGAUCUCUCGAGAUCCGUCAGACUGACAAACGGAGGCGGUUUGUUCAUGGAGCCCGAUUCCACCCUCACGGGAUCCGGUAA